AUGGCUCGAAUGGGCAAAAAAGAAGCGACAGCCCUCCAGAUCGAGGUAGAAACCGAGGAAGAUUGGGAGCAAUUAAAAACCCGCAAAGGUUUGAUCCUAGCCGACGUCUAUUCCCAAUGGUGUGGACCGUGCAUAGCCAUGGUACCCAUGCUGCGAAGCGUGAAAAUGGAGAUCGGCGGCGACCUGAUCACCUACGCUAUAGUAAAGAACAACAACAUCGCCGAUUUGGAGCGAUUUCGCGGCAGAAGCGAGCCGGUUUGGAUGUUCAUACAAAACGGCAAAAUGGUGAAUCUUUUGUUCGGCGCGAACUGCCCUCAGCUUCGAAAAUUGCUCACGAAAGAGAUCAAGAGGGUGCAGAACGAGGAGGAAGCGGAGAUGUGCCUGGAGGUGAGCACGCGAACGCCCGAAGAGGAGGUUUGGUGGCAGGAGAAGGAGGCCGUCAGAUUAGCGAUCGAGGAGCAUGCGCGUGCCAAGGAGGAGGCAGAGCGUAGAGAGAAGUACGAGGCAUUCCCGGCACAGAUGAUGUUCGAACUGAGCGAGGAGACUGCGCUGGUUUUCUAUCCGUGGGUGUUCACGGACGAGGAGGGACGUUACAGGGACAAGUUCCAGAGUCCUCCGUAUGUCGAGCUUGUGAACACUUUGUUCAAGCAGAAUUUCGACGUCCUGGAGGAGCUUAGAGUGUAUUUGACCGAGGAGAUGAUCGAGAAGAUGUUCGUGGAGAGCGACGUGGAGAUCACGCGGGAACUGGUCACAGGAUUCACCGAUGGAAGAACCAUAGCGAUGAGAUUAAAGGGAAGACGUCCCCACGCCGACUGGCCAGUGCCUUAUCCCUUCGAGUGUCCCAAAGGCACGAAAAGAUGCCCCACGCGACAAAUUAACGAUGUCGAGGAGUACCUGGUGCAUCUGAUAACAAGCACAACGCCGUUGAUCCAAGAAAACAUUCCUCCACCACCUUCUGAUAGUACUUUCAUGGAGAGAUACGUGUUCGUUCAUGAACCUGAUCCUGAAGACGAAGAAGACUUUGCUCGAAUUCAUCCUGCGAUUUGGGUACCGCCUCAGGGUAGAAGCAAAGUGCACGUAUACACAACUCUCUUCUCGAAUUACAUGGAAUUAGUGCAUCCGUACGAAGAACCUGUUCCUCCGCCUCCUUUCUGCGCCUUCAAGUUCUAUUUCUCCAAGUUUGACGUAGUUCGAGACACCUGCGCUUUAUUUUCCGAUGCUGUCGAAUAUUUCGGCGCGUUCGAGUUCGAUAAACCACCAAUCGCCAGGCGAAUAGCUUCUACACCUGAGGAUUUCGAGAGAAAGGCGAAGUACCAAACUGGCAACGAAGUGUUCGUCAUAAUCCUCCGGAGAGUCAGCGACGAUGCUUUCCUCUCGUUCGCGAGCAUCGGUCCGUACUUCGUUCAGGAGGACGAUGAGAAGUCACAGGCGAUGAUAGACGAGUACUUCCCCGAAGGCGCUGAAGAUAUUAUUCUUGAAGAAUUCGACGAGUCGGACGAGGAAGAGGAAUCCUACGAGGCGGAGGAAGCUGAAGAGGAAGAAUCCGAGGACGAGAAAGAUGGAGAACAAGCUGACACAUGGGGAACAUACACUUUCGUAUAA